AUGUCAGGGUCAUUUUGGAAAUUCAGUCAGGAUUACUCUACAGAAUCGCCGUUAGCGAAGAUUCUAAAUAGGGCAUUUGUGAAGAUCAGUGAUGCGGAGAAAAAGGAACAGUUAAAUAAUAUUCAGAAGUCGGUUGAUUCGCCUCAAAACAGGUUUGAUGUUUUAGAAUCUGAGCAUGAGGAUGCGGAAGAGGAUGAGGAGGAUGGUCAUUACGAUGCUAAGGGACAUGGCGAUAGGGUCCAUGGUAGGGGGGGUUCUUUGGAGGCCAAUGUAGAGCUGCCAGAUAACGAAUCAGAAUAUAGGGAUUAUCGGCCUAAUUUGGAUGUGCUAGAGGAGCUGUUAGAUGAUGAGGAACUAUACACUGAACUAAUGUGUUCGAAUUUCAAGCUUAUGGUAUUUUUUAAAUAUCCUGAAGUAUUAGACAGGUUGGUUGAUUAUGUUACAAGUGAGAGGGUUUCGGAGGAAAUGUCAGAACCUGGUGAUAAUGAAUAUGAUGAUACGCAAGAUGAACAUAAAGAGGGAAGGAAUGCACAGGAUAUGACCAUGCAUAAAGAUACUCCGGUUAAGCAAAGUAUAAGGGCAGUCGAUGGCUAUACUAAUCGGAAUGAUAAUGCAUCUGAAGCAAUGAAUGGCGCCGUAUGUACAUUAACGGAGGAGUCUGAGGAACAAACCGAAUCUAGAAGGGCAAGGAUGGCCGCUGAAAUUCUAUCUGCAGAUAUCUGGCCAAUUUCUUCAACAUUCAUGGACCAUGAGGAGUUGAUGUGUAAGUUAUGGUCUAUGUUAGAUCAUCCAGCUCCACUUUCAAUCAUUUCUUCUACUUAUUUUAUGAAGAUAAAUGAGAGACUACUCGAUAUGGAUAUUUCUGCAAUGAUUCGUUUUAUUUUGGAUCAGGACAACUUGGUGGAUAGGUUUUUGACCCAUAUAGACAACCCUCCAUUAAUGGACUUCUUGUUAAAAGUUAUUUCAACUGAUAAACCAGAUACCCCUACUAAUGUAAUUGGUCUACUAAAAAGCCAAAUGUUAAUAUCUAAACUACUAGAUCAUUUAUCUCCAGCAUGGUCUUCUUCGAUACAAUCUGCCGCAGGUGAUUUUUUAAAGGCAUUGAUAACCAUCAGUGCAAACUCAAACAACGAAAUUGCUUCAGCUAUAGGCCCAAAUGAAUUAACCCGUGAGUUAGUAUCUCCUCCAAUCGUUUCGAAACUAGGUGAGAUUAUGUUGAAAGGUGGUACGUCUUUAAGCAAUGGUGUUGGCAUUGUGAUUGAGUUAAUCAGAAAAAAUAAUUCAGAUUAUGAUUUUGUUCAAGUCAUGUAUACAACUUUGCAAACACAUCCACCAAACGACAGAGACCCUGUUUAUCUUGGUCAUUUGGUGAAAUGUUUUGCAGAAAAAUUACCUCAAUUUACUAGCAUGUUGGUAGACACUAAGUUGUCUCCAUUAGAGACUCCAUUUGGAUCCAUUGAACCAUUGGGAUUUGAAAGAUUUAAAAUUUGUGAGCUAAUUGCAGAAUUGUUACAUUGUUCAAAUAUGGGUUUGCUAAAUGAACCAAAAGGUGACGAAAUUGUGCGUGAAAGAGAUGUCAAUAGAGAGCAUUUAUUAAAAAUGCAAGGAUAUGGAACUUCUAAGGAAGUUUCUAAUCAAGAUCAACAAGUUAUUGGAAGUCCAUCUCCAGAAGGAGACGAUUUAGUCGAUAAAGUGAAGGAUUUAAAAGUAACUGCUGACUUUGCAAAUAACUCGGAAAAUUGUUCUGAUCGUGAUAUUUCGGAGGAAAAAAGUGCUGAAUCCCCUAUACAUCAAAUUAAUGCUGAAAUCCAAUCCGAAGAAUAUUCUGAUUUAGAAACUUCAGAACAGGCUAUACGGGAAAAACCUGUUGUUGGGGACCAGCUAAAGAUAGCAUUGCAAGAUAACAAAAUAAUCACCACAAUUUUAAAAAUGUUUAUAAAAUAUCCAUGGAAUAACUUUUUGCACAACGUUGUAUUCGAUAUCGUUCAACAAAUUUUCAAUGGACCAUUGAAAACUGGCUAUAACAGAUUUCUUCUCGCUGAUUUGUUUGCUUCUGCGCAAAUCACUAGAGCAAUAAUGGAUGGCGAUCGAAAAUGCCAAGAUUAUGAGAGAGAAACAGGUUUAAGAUUAGGUUAUAUGGGCCACUUGACGUUGGUAGCUGAAGAAGUUGCAAAGUUUGCUGCUUAUAUCGAUGAAAUGAAAAUUACAUUUAGCGAUUCUAUCAUAAGCGAAGAUUUAAAUGAUCCGGAAUGGAAAGAAUACACGGAAGUUGUGCUAGCUGAAACCAGGGGGAAAUAUAGCUCUGUUUUGGGAGAUUUAGUAGAAGAAGGAGAAGUAGAAGGAUCUAGAAGGGAUGAUGAUAGAAAUAACGAUCGUUAUUACAACGGGGAAGAUGUUUAUCAUGGCUCAUAUACGGAUCAUGAAGAUGAAAAUUAUGCCGAAUAUAGCGAUGUGGAUGGAAGCCGCUACUACGAAUAUGAGGAUGAAAGUGGUCAUAGAAUUCAUCUUAAUCAUUUAGAUGGCGAUGAUAUCAACGAUUUAGAUGCAACGGGGGAAGAUGGGUCCGGUAAUAAGUUUGGAAACUAUGUGUCGCAUCAAAUUACGAAAGACUAUAACGCAACAAACUUUUCAUCAGAUGAAGAAGAAGACAGUCAGUGGACCUCCGUCGCUACUAGUACGGUCGGGGACCACGCCGUGGCGACUAACUUCCAGUCUCAGUUGCCUAAUGAAUCUACCAUGUUAUCCAAUCAGAGUAUCUUUCAUCAUCAACCAUUUGAACUACAGGAAGAGAAAGCAGAAGAUGAUUAUAUGGAUCCCAAUGAUGACGGCCAAUCUUACGCUAAACCUAAUCAUCCUUUAUACUCGAACAUUUUGUCUCCAUCGCAUCCAGAUAAUCUGUACUUCUCUAAACAAGAUGCGGCCCUCGGUGAAGAAGAAGCUGGAGAUGAAGAAGAAGAAGAUGAUGAUGAUGAUAGUGCAGAGAGCGAUGAAGAGAUGAUUGUAGUUGAAGGUAAAACUGAUUUAGAGGAUGGUAUGGAAAUUGAUAAGAAUGGCAACGACUAUGCAUUGUGUCGAACCUCCAGUAAAGGUGAAAAAAAGUGGGGAUCGCAAAAACAUCAAUCAAAUAGAAUAAUAGGGAUGAAUAGUACUAAUAUGUUCAACAGAUCAAAGGACAUACAUAAAAAUGAGUAG